AUGAACAAAAUCGUUCUCAGUUGCUUGGUUGUCGCUGCCCUCGCGGAGAUUGGAUUUUCAGCAACUUCAUCUUCAACUAGUACAGCCACAUCAGCUACUACUACCACAGUUUCUGCAGCAGCUUCAACAACCAGAGCAGCUGGUGGCACGACUGUUAGUGGCACGGUUACCGGAGCCAUGCAAGCUGUUACUACAACACAAGCUACUACUACCCCCCAAAAAAUACUUCCAAAUGGAACGCAAGGAUUAUUCAUGACCCUUCCUGACCUUCUAGACGGCCCUGACCUUCUAGACGAUAACCAUGGUCUUUGA